AAGAAAAUGUGAGUCAUCACGAGAGAGAUCUGACAGUGACAGCGUUAUUUCGCUUUUAAUUUGGACAGAAGAGAAAGGAGACUGGCGGAUUCCAAAUCUCAGACUUAACCGUAUUUUAAUGCCUUCCCUUUGAGUUCCGCUUUCCCCUUUUGCUCCAUUUUCCAACGACACUAGUUAGUACUACUGGUCUCUCUCUUUGUGUUUAUUUUACUGAUCCAAUAAGAAGAUAAAACGGUCUUCUUCUUCUUCUUCUUCUUCUUCUUCUUGUAAGAACCAGUCAUGGGAAGAUCUCCAGCUUCUUCUUGUCUCCGUCUCAUCUCUUGCUCCGGCGGUGAUGAUACCUCCGCCGAUCCUAACUCCACCGCCCUCGAGGUUUUGACAUUUUCUCUCCCUCUUUGUAAUGUUCUCGCGAUCUUCAAUUUCUGUUUCGGAUUUGUCUCUGCUCGAAGUUUCUAUUUUAAGAUCUGAUAUUAGUGUCUUGUCGGAUUUUGGCAUUACUUAGUUUCUAAUUUUGUCUAAAUCUUAGGGUUUUUAAUUGUUUGGUUUGGAAAUUACUUAGGGCUUUUGUUUUGUCUGGUACUGUAUACGAGAUCUGUUAGGUUUGAUGGUUUUGUGUCUUUAGGCCUCUCUAUUAAGAAAUGUGAAUAUUUUGGUGGAAUCGAUUUUGUUUUUUGGAUGUAGAACAAGAGCUCUGGGGAUAAGCGUGGAUGGAGUUUCAGGAAGAAAUCUGGGAAACAGCGAGGGUUGAUUACUAGUGUAGUUUCUGAAACUACUCCUGCUUCUAGGACUAGAGAGACUCUUGAAUCUGCUCUCCUUAAAUCUCCGUCUCCUGAUAAUAACAAUGUUUCUGAAAAACAGCAGCAGUCUUUCUCUGUUGAUGAAAAGAAGAGUCAGUUACCUGUUGUUACCUAUGUGGCUGAGCCUGUGGAUGAGAAAAAAACACAGUCUGUUAUUGAGGAGAAGACGGAGUUGUUGUCAGUGGAGGAACAGAUUGACCAUAGAACUGAGGUGUCGCCUGUUAUUGUGGAAUCAAAAGGGACUGAAACUGAGGAAGAUGAUUUGAUUGGAACUGAAUUGCAAGGACCAAGUGCUGCUGAUGCAGCCAAGAUAGAGGAAGAUGUUACUUCCGAGGUUGAAAUGGCUAGUAAGGUUGAGCCGGAAGAAUCUGAAUCCGAUGAUGUGAUUAUAGUUAGAAAAGAAAGUGAUGAAAAAGUUGAUGAGAAGCUGGAUGAGUCUGUUAUCGUUGUCAUCCAAGCUGCUGUUCGUGGUUUUUUGGCGCGAAGAGAACUUUUAAGGAGCAAGAAAGUUAUUAAACUCCAAGCUGCAGUUCGUGGCCACCUGGUUAGGAGUCAGGCCAUGGGAUCACUGCGUUGUGUCCAAGCUAUUGUCAAGAUGCAGGCGAUGGUUCGUGCUCGUCAUUCCACAAAAGAUGGUAGCCGUGUUUCAGCAACCUCGGAUAAGUCGGAACCAAAUGCAGCUGCACAAAAACUUCUAGAAAACAAGUUUGCUAAGCAUCUAAUGGAGUCAACUCCCAAGACAAAACCUAUCAACAUUAAAUGUGAUCCUACAAAACCUAGUUCUGCUUGGAACUGGUUGGAGAGGUGGAUGUCUGUUCCAAAACCUGAGAAGACUUCUAAAGCAAAUUUGACAACGGAAGAGCAAAAUUUGGAAGAAACACAGAAUGUUAAAAUAUCACCUCAAGCUGACUUUGUGAAUUCUGACUCAACGGUAGAGAACAAAACUGAAACUGAUAUGCCAAGCUAUGAAGCAAGUAAGGUAGAAGGUCAGAAUGUGGAGCUAUCUGAGACAGAGAAAAUGAGCCAAUAUGAUUCACCAGAAGCAUCAGCGGAGGUUUAUUAUGACUCAAUCCAGUCUCAGCCACUUGCUGCUAAACCAGAUUCUUUGCUCGAAGAGCCUGAAUAUGUGGAUGGACAGAUUAAACAUUCUUUGAAGCGUAAGGUUAGCAAUCCUUCUUUCAUUGCCGCACAGUCGAAGUUUGAGGAACUAACUUCAUCUACUGGUUCAAACAAAGCAAUGACGCUGUCUUCUAAAGAUGAUGUUUUGGGUGAAGAAGGCAAAACAGAUAUAGAUUCACCAGACACUACAAACACUAUAAAGGAUCACUCUUUGGAAGAUGUUACUCCAGCUGAGCUUAGUGGAUCCGAGUGUGGCACCGAACUCUCUGUAACUUCUUCUCUUGACACACUUGAGAAGAAGUCAGACGCUGAGGGUGCAGAGCCCAGGGUAGAAGCUAAGCUUUUAGAGGAUGACACUUUUAAAACAGACCAAGCAGAGUUGAUAGAAAUUGAUGUUAAAGACGCAACGUCAAUGGGUACUGUAGAGGACCCUAAGGAGAAAGUUGAGAAUGCUAAGGACGAAGUUGAAAUUUCAGCGACACAUCAUGAACCGGUCAUUAGUACACCAGAUUCCAAAAAGAGACGGGCUGAAGAUGAAUCAGGGCCUCAAGCUUACGCCUUAUCUGAGGGAGCUUUAACUCCGAUGACAAUCACUGAAUCUCAGGCAACACCGGCAAGCCAAGCAUCUUCUUCAGUGAAAGCAAGAAAGGGAAAAUCCGAAAAGAGUGGUUCAAGCCAAAAGAGGAAAGUUAGCAAGAAAAUAACAUCAAGCCCGAAACAGGAAAUUGGUACCGGUGAGGCUACAGAACAAGAGGAAGGGAAAGAACAGAAAAGCGGGAGAAGAACUUCUUUCGGGUAUGAUCAAGAAGCAAGAGAAAGCAGCGGAGGCAAGAACUCUCUUCCUCGGUUCAUGCAGCCAACACAGUCAGCGAAAGCCAAGGUUCAAGAACAUAACUCACCAAGAUCAAGCCCUGAUCUUCAAGAAAGAGAUGUUGUUUCGGCUAAGAAGAGACAUUCGUUGCCUGGUGUUACCAAUGGGAAACAAGUUUCUCCUAGAAUCCAACGGUCUGCGUCUCAAGCACAACAGGGAACAAAGGAUAGAAAAUGGCAGAGGUGAAAGUCGACCCGAUUGCGACAGAAACUGAAGAAGACAAAAAGCUUAGGAGACUUUCGGUGUUUUCGCUAAAUUUGAUUAUUGGUAUGUUUUUUUCAAGACAACAAUCCUUAACUCUAGUUUCAAACGACCAAAGUGACAGAAGUGCAGAGGAAGAACGAAGAGUGGAGGAUAGUCUCUCUUGUAUAGGAUCGUUUUUUCUUCUUUCUUUAUAAAAAAAAUUGUUUGAUUUUUGUGACUAAAGGAUUAUUUGAUUUGGUUUGGUGUUGGUUUUUUCGGACAAAACCUCCUCAACUUAAUAUGAAGCUUGUCGUGAACAAUGGAUUAUGACUUCACUUUUAAAAGUCGUGUAAUAAUUAAUAUCUUUGGUUAUUGUUACUUUUCUACCAAAAAA